UUUCUACAUUUCCCGCAGGCACCUCCUCAUUCAAUUUAUUGUGGCAUUCUGGCAAAAAUACCAGAAAAACUGUUGGAUAAAUUAGAAGACCCAGAAGUGGUGCUGGCUGGUGAUGGUCGCAUAGCAUGGGCUACUCUGCCAAGUAUGGAAGGUUCCCAAAUUUUUGUUCUACCAUUGGUUCAAUUGUCCACAUUGUCCUGGUACAGGUAUGGCACUCUGAAUUCUAUGCAGAAGUAAAUAAUAUCAGAUUUGACACAUAAUGAAAUAUGAUAAAUUUUUGUUCAAAGCAAACAAUGCCCAUAUUUUUUUUCUUCUUCUUAAUUUAACUACAGUGGUAUUUCCCUUCAACUCUUUCAGGCUAAUCAGGCAGGUAGCAGUUUCAGCAUGGAAUUCCUCACAUUUCAGAAGGCCUUUACUUUCCUGUUAGGCACCAGUAUGAUAAUGAAGUCAUUAUAAGUGACUGCCAUACUUUCAUCCCAAAGUGGAUGAGGGAAGACUGCGCAAGACAAUACAGAAACUUAUGAAAACCUGCUGUCCAACACUCCUUUGACAAUUGGCAUAUUGGAAGAGGUAAGCUUUAUUUUCACUGGCAAUUUCAUCUUUGGUUAAUAAGGUCAGAGUAGUCCAAAAUGGUUCUCCAUAAUUUUACAUCAGUUUUAAAGGUUUGGUGCUUAUUUUUAUGCAUGAAAACAACAUCCUUAUUUUAGUCUCAUGCCUGGAAAAAAAGGAAAAACAACAAAAUAAAACAGCGUGUGGAUUAUUAAUUCAUGUCAAAUCAUUCCUAGAAAUCCAGAAAGUACUCAUAAAGCAAAGAGAAAACAUGAGAGAUCAUUGGCAAGUGGAGAAAAGCCCGAGUAAGACACUUAUUGGGCCAUCACAUCAUCGAAAGAACACCUAGAGGAGGUGAAAUCAGUCACAUUUCAUGCCUUCCUCUCCCACGUGCUUAACAAGCACAAAGAUCUACCAAACAGAUUAUUCAAUGCCUGUGCACAUGGAAACAUCACAACUCCACGUGUGUGGAUAACCAAAGGUACGACAGAUACAUUGUUCUUGUAA